ACGAUGAAGAUCAUCAAAUACAGUAACGGCAAUGGUGGUCACGAAGAAAAGACGAAUAUAAAACCACAGCUAGCAAAGGUAUAAAAGCGCGGCUGAAAAAUAGCUUUCCCUAGGCGACCCGCACCUACCAGCGCACCACAUCCAAAGCGACAAAGAGUAGCACGCUCGUCGAACAGUCGAUAUGCGCUUCCUCACCCUCGCAGCCGUCGUGCCCCUGCUCGCGGCGCUCGCGCGCGCCCAGCUUCCCAUCACGCCCUGCGCGCAGCGUUGCGCCGACGAGUACUGCCAAGGCCCCGGUGGAGGGCCCGAGAUACAGAAAGUCUGCGUGUGCGAGACACGAUACAGAGCAGUCAACCACUGCAUCGUGCAGAACUGCCCCGCGGAUGAGGUGGCUGCGGCGAAGGAGUCGGUGCAGCGGCUUUGUAGGGCGUAGGCAUUCGAGUUCAUAACCGCACGUGUGACGAACUGCAGAAUAUAUGCUUGCUGCUCCGUGGAUCAUCCAGUGGCAAAGUCCUAGCAUGCGUUCCAUCUGUAGCGUCCCUACAAUGCUGAGCAGUAUGAUCGGCGGUAGCAUCUCGCAAGCUCCCCAAUUUUCCCGAGGCUGGCGGUGAACAGGUUCGGGCCCUCCGGGAGGUGCUAUCGCAGACGUCAGUCAUCCACUAUUGAGUGUCAAGAUACGUACGCAGGAAGGGGAGAGGAAAGAGACCCAUCGGAUGCACUUUCCGUAUGAAGGCGAGCCCCGUAUGCAAAGCGUAAUUAUAGUCAUUACUUCCCGUUCGAGAGUACAUCC